GCGGGGGGAUAAGAUUCUUUCGUUUCUGUAGGAAAAAUGCACAUCUCUUAAUUAACGAGUCUCAGACUGACAUUAAUUUUUUUCUUUGAAGUGUACGUUUAAUUUUUGUGUAAUUCAAAAGUUGAAUUUAAAGUAAAUUUUUCUGAUAUAGGGUAACCAGCGAAAUGAACGAUCUCAGACACAAGCAGAAGGAAAAUUUCACCAGCUAUGUAAAAGAGGAUCUGACUGAUAAAGUUUCUUCCGACCAUUUAACUCCGAGGUUGCUUUUAGGAGAAAUUGAAGCGGCUAGAGUUAAUAAUGUGUGCAUGUACACAACCUACUGCAUUAAAGAUAGCAAGUACAUUGAUGAGAAAGAAGGUGCUCUAAUUAUAACAAAUUUUCGUCUAUCGUUUUUGUGUGCUGAGAGUGAAAAUGAACAGUUUUCAGCUUAUCAGAAGAACACGUUCCUUGGAAAGUAUGAUGUUUCGUUAUUGAACAUUGAUAAAAUAUAUCAAGUUACGGAUAAGAAAAAACGAAUGGUUAACCCUCAGGUUAAAAACAGCAGUAAAAUCGAGAUUAUAACUAUUGUGUGCAAGAAUUUCCGAAUGCUCACAUUCGGUUUUAGAAAGGCUGGAAUCGGUAAAGGAAAGUACAUUGCAGAUGCACUGGUAAAAUUUGCCUUCCCUGCUAAACACAACUUGCUGUUUCUUUACAACUAUAAGGAAAAGUAUUAUAAUUCAUUACGCUCAGUAUGUAUGUUCAACAAACAAAAUGAUUGGUUAAAUGAGGUUAAACGUUGUGGGGCCGAUGCAGGAUGGAGAGUAUUUUCAAAAGACAAACUAGACAUCGAAAGCACGCUGCCCAUGCACUAUGUUGUUCCGAAGCAUAUGUCAGAUUUUGAAUAUUUCAAUAUAUCCAAAAGUUUUCGCAACUGUCGAUCAGCUAUUUGGGUUUGGAGCAUUGGAAAUGCUGCACUAGUGCGAAUGGCUGAACUAAGUGCAGAAAUAGCUAGUUUUACCGUUGAAAAUACAAUGUUGGAGCACGUACGAAAAUGUGACCCGAUGAAAAAACCUCCACAUUUAAUGGAGCUUUCCAAACUGCUACCAAGUAUCCAGGAAGUCAACAUAAGUUACCACAAACUGCGAAAGUUAUGCAUUCCGGAAAAUGAUCACGAGUUCAUGGUACAAGAUUCCAGGUUUCACACGCUGCUGGAUAAAACAUACUGGUUGUUGUACGUAUCGGUUUGUCUGAAACAAUCCGUAGGUGCCGCAAAAAUGAUGCUAAGUGGGUGUACUGUGGUAUUACAAGAGAUUAACGGUCGUGAUAUGUGUAGUGUAAUAUCUAGUUUAGUACAAUUGUUACUAGAUAACAGCUUUCGAACAAUUAACGGCUUUCAAACGCUGAUUCAAAAAGAAUGGGUUACUCUGGGUCAUCCUUUCUGUGAUCGAAUUGGUCAUGUGUGCAGUCCAAACGCAACGGAACGAAGUCCUUUAUUUUUGUUGUUUUUGGAUUGUGUGUGGCAACUGUUGCAACAAUUUCCGGAAGAAUUUGAGUUUUCGGAAACUUUUUUAACAAGUGUUUGGGAUUGUGUAUUUCUUCCUGUUUUUGAUACGUUUCAGUUCAAUUGUGAAACCGAUCGUCAAAUGGCUAGAUUAAAUGAUCGUGUUAUUUUACGUCCCGCUUGGGAUUGGGGCGAGCAAUUCAGUGAUAAGGAUAUUGCACUUUUUACAAAUCCAUUGUAUAAAAAACCUGACGUGGAACACACGUGCGCGCGAAAAUUAAGACUACCGCCUUCCGCUUACCGACUCCCUUGUAUCGAAGACCUGAAAGAAAGUAAUAAUAUGAUAAUGAAUAACACCAUGGGAGUGUUACCCCCUGGUGAAGAUACAACGACAUUCAUACAAGAGAAGUGUUUUAUAGAGCCCCAGUGUACUUUGAGAGAUAUCGAAAUUUGGCAUCAAUGCUAUUACCGUUGGAUGCCUUUUCUAGAGAUAAGGAAUGGUGGUCAACCGCAGAUAGAUCUUUUCAAUAGAUCGGUUUUAAAUAACAUAAACAAACUCCAAAAGGUGCUUCAGACUGGACAAUUGUCAGCAUCUAGUGAAAACAUACUUUUCGAGGCAGGUCUAGGCACGGAAAAUAACAUCAGCAAACCAAACGAUGAAAUUGGAAUUCACACGAGCAAAACAUUAGUGGUAAAUUCGUUCUUUCCGUUCACAAGUAAUGCUACAAAUGCAGAGCUCUUGGAUGUUCUGGUCACCAAUGGCGAGUUUCUGAAUGAUGGUUCAUCAAUUAAUGAUUGUGCAUCAAUAAAUUAUUGAUUGUUCUAAGUAUCCGGCAUUGAUUAACAUCUAGGAAUGCCGAAUACAAGUUGAUGCCCUUGUUAACAUUAUGUUUCGAGAUCAUUGUUAUACAUUGAAACGUUUUUAUAUUCAAACAACUCAGAAAAUGUAAAUAAGAUCAAAAAUAUUGAAAAAAUAUAAUAAUAAAAAAGGCAAUGUUCAUUAA